AUGGCCAAUCUCGAAAUGCAUGCGAACUUCAUGGACAAGAGUCUGGCCCUGUGGGAGGAGGCGAGCAGAGCUGUGGACAAAUCAGAAGGAUCGACGCUUACUGUGGAGGAAGCCGACAGGUUGAGACAGCACAUAGGAGAGCGUAGGAGAAUUGCAACGAUUGGAAAGGUGUCUAUGGAGCGUGAUAGGGUGUAUCGUGCAGGGCAGGGUAAUAUCACGAAGAGCAUAGAACUGGCAAAAAGGCAAAUCGAUCUCGUCCCGGAACACCCAGCCAACCUCCAUGACCUUGGUACGAUGUACAUGAUGCGAACAGAGGUGGACCCUAGUGGGGCCUGGCCCUUAGCAGUCCACUACUUGAGGGCUUCUCAAGUGACCGCUGUAAAACUGGCUAGCCCAGUACUAGGAUGCAAGGCGGAGGGGCGUAUCGAUGAAGUAACGGAGGAGAGCAGGAUAGAGUUCUCGUCUAGGAUCGAUCUCAUUGGAGAGGAUGCGGUCAUGUUUGAUAAGGCGGCCUGCUCCUUCACACUGGUCUCGGCUCAUCUUUACCUCAAUCUCGCCCAGAAUCUUCCCUUCCCGGACCCAAUUCACGGAACACCGAUGCCGCCUAUGGAAGGGCGUCCGCGAGUAUUCAAGGGGAAGGUGUUUGUAACAGUAGGUUACCGUUCGACUAUGUUUUAUCAUUUCCUGUUGGAGUCCUUGCCGAGGCUCGUGGCUCUGCAGGAGGACAUAAGGAGUACUCCCAACCCACAGGCGAGUCUUCAAGAUAAUCAGCCAUCAACAGUACGCUUCCAGAUCCUCUUACCUUGGGCACCCUUUGUUGAUGGCUUCACUGAUAUCCUGCUUAGAGGGUUGGGCGUUGAGAAUGCCAAGAGGCUCUACUACCCGACAGAGGGCACGAGACAGGUCCGAGUAGAGCUGUCUGAGGUCGUAUCUUAUACCUGGCCUCCUAUGGUGGACCCUGCCUAUGACCUUCCACUGCACUGCAUACCUCCAAGCCGGUUGUUGCGGGGUCUGCGGAGUGCUAUGAUGAAAGGCAGUAGUGAUGUUGGUGGAGGGGAGGAGGCUUCCAAUAGACCUGUGGUUUUGUGGAUCGUUCGGAAGGCCUCUCGGGAUGAGUCGAGAAUACUCAAAAAUGAACGGCGGUUGGUAGCAGCCCUUAGGAACAUUGAAGGGGUCGAUGUGAGGGAGUUCGAUGGAGCUGAGGAAGGAGCGGAAAGAGCGGUAGCGAUGUUCUCGAGAGCAGCAGUGGUUGUUGGGGUCCAUGGAGCUGGCUUGUCCAACAUCCUAUUCUGUUCGGAGGGGACUACAGUGAUCGAGUUGGGAUUUGCGAACCCUCUGGUGCGGCACUACAUGUACAUUGCUGAGGCUCUCGGGCUGAGUUAUGAGAGGGUCCUGUUGGAGGGUGCGGGCCGAGACGAGCGGGCUAUGGGGAAAAAGAAGGUUGCAGUUGAUGUGGAGGCUGCGGUGGAGGCAGUCCGUAGAGCUAUCGAGGGGAGGGUCGGCGUUGUCCAUGAUGAAAUGUGAUGAUCCGGGAACAGCUUUUUAGUCGGGCUCUAUUUAGAAGUGCUCAUUUUGCUUACUGCUAGGUAGCAUGUUUCCGC